AUGCUCUUCCCAACAACCCUCCUCUUCGCAGCCCUGACCACCUUGGUCUCCUCAGCACCUCUCCUCGAAACGCGCCAAGCAGCAACUGUGGUUCGCUUCUACACCGAGAAAGAUUUCGGUGAAAACCUACCAACCUCGGUAAAGGACAGUGUCAGCUCGUUCAAGAUUGGAGUGUACAAGUGUCGAUUCUUUGAACACGAUGGGUGCACUGGAAAGAGCCAAUGGUUCGAUGAGGACUGGCACAAUAUGCGAGCGCGAGGCGGUAACUAUGGAUAUAAGGGUGACCAGAAUGAUGAGGUCAGCAGUGCUAUCUGCAGCACGUAG